GCAAAAACGAGACGCCGACGCACCUGUGCGAAUCGUGGGCUUGCUCGGCGUCGAGGUCGAGCGUGGCUGUCUGAACCUGCUACCGCACGAUAAGCGCUGCUAUCGCAGCCGCCGCAUCGAUCAAAAGAAAGCAGCAUUGAGUCAAACAUGUCAGACAAAGGCGAUGAAGUACUCGACGCCGCCGAGGCCGGCCAGGGCUGCGCGCCAGCCGAUGCCAAGUGCGUGAUGGUCGAGGGCAAGUGCAUUCCUUUAGACAAGAUAAAAGCGGAGGAGGCGGAGGAGCCCGAGGCGUCGCUCGCGCGCCAGGUCUUCGCGGAGGCCCUGGGGACGAUGUUCCUCGUGGCCGUCAUCGUUGGGAGCGGCUACCACGGCGACAUUUUGAGCCCGGAUGAUGGUGUGGCUUUACUCGGAAACACGCUGGCGACGUGGGGUAUCCUGUACGUGCUGAUUAGUGUGCUGGGCGGCAUUAGCGGGGCCCACUUCAACCCCGUCGUUUCCUGUUGUUUUUGGCUGAAGCGCGAGCUGAGCUCGCUCAAGUUCGCGUUAUUCGUGCCGUUCCAGAUCGGCGGCGCCAUCCUCGGCUCCCACGUCGCCCACGCCAUGUUCCAGAAGAAGAUCUACUAUUUCGAUGGGAAAGACCGCGACAGCUGGGGCGAGUUCUUCUCCGAGGCCCUGACGACGCUAGGCUUACUCCUCACGAUCUUUGGCGGCAUCAAGGCGAAGGGAGACGUGCCCAUGCUCGUGGGCCUCUUCAUCACGGCGGGCUACUGGUUUUCGUCCUCGACGUCCUUCGCGAACCCCGCGGUCACGAUCGGCCGAUCCUUCACGGACACGUUCGCGUCGAUCACGCCCAAGUCCUGGCCGGCCUUCAUGGGCGGCCAGGCUGUCGGCUUGGUCGUGGGGCUGCCGAUGUGCGAGUGGCUCGUCUGGGGCAAGCCGGUGAAGGACGCUUUGUUAGUGUUGGUGCGGUCGCAGCCGACGAAGGGCGACUAGUAACAUAUCCCGUCGACGGGAUAGUUAGUGUAUAUAUCAAUUCAUUCACA